AUGGUGCACUUCGUUAGGCGUCUUUUCAGCAUGGUCCUGUCUCGGCUAGAUGCGGCCGUGUAUGCAAGGAAUAGCUUCACAGUGGCGCCCCGCAUCUCGAGCGGCUUCCUCAGUCAGCCAGACGGCUUCAGCUCGCUGACGGUGAGUGAUGUGUGGGUGACCUUUUCGGCCGCACAUGCUGGGGCAGGCAACGUGUACCUGCUGAAGGACUCCGCGCCGGCAUUUGUGGACAUCGUGUCGCUGCGGGCCGGACUUCCCAGCGACCUCAUGUGCAGCUCGAUGAUGAUGGUUUCCAUGGGCGAGCAGAGCCACGAGCUAUCUGGCUGUGCGUUGACGCACUCCCAGAGCUACAAGGUGUACGUCUAUGUCGCCAACUCCCAGGCCUUGACGGAUGGCACGUUGUCGGCCGGCCUGCCAGCCACGGUGGUACCCGGCCACUCCAACUACUUCACGCAGGUGCCACAGCUGGCAAAUGCUGGCUUGACGACUUCAGGCUUCACAGUCAGCUUCUCUGUGGCCACUGCCGGCGUCGCUUGGGUCAUCGCAAUCCCUGCGGUGGAGGCCACGUCUGCGAGCGUGAUGACCGUGACCAGCGGCUACAGCGCCAUCUGCUCCAGCCUUGGCGUCGCGCUGCCAAGCUCUGGCAGCCACGCAGUUGCCGUCACCGGCUGCAGUUUUAUCGCCAGCUGGAGCUACGCGGUGCUCGUGUACGUGACGAACCAGGCUGCAGGAAACGAUGGCGCCUUGUCCCCUCCAGUGCCGCUGCAGAUCACGCCCUCCAACAACUUCGCCGUGCUGCCCUACUUGUCGGAGGUGCCAUCGCCCGACAUGGUCAAAGCCAAGUUCAUGGGCACCGCCGCAGGAAAAGCUUGGGCCUGCAUCGUGAAGGCCGAGAACGUGAGCGACGUGACGGUCAGCGAUGUGAAGGCCGGCUGCGCCGGCUGCUCUUCUGGGGAGGCAAUGCUGAGCGACACGCAAGAGCUGGAGGUCAACAUGACAGGCUGCAACCUGGAAGUGGGCGUGGAGCACAGGCUGAUCGCCUACGCAGAGGACAACAACAACGCGGAUGACGGCUACAUGACAAUGAACCUUGCCGUCCGAGUCCCGACCUCCAACGCCUUCAUCUCCCCGGCCUAUAUCGUCAACAACAUGGUCACGGCUUAUGGCUGCACCGUGAUGUUCGAGGUGGCCAACACCAUGGGCAAGGUCUGGGGGAAGGUGAUCGACGCGGGUCAUGCAAGCCUGGCGACGGUAGUCGCGAUCAAGUACAACAAUCCAGCCAUUGCCGUCGGAGGCUCGGCUUGCCAAAUGGCGGACGAGAUGAAGCCGCGCGGCAAGCACAUGAUGGUCUUCGAUUCGUGCAACCUCACCAAGGGCAGCUCCUACCAGGUCUACCUGUAUGCGGAAGACCUAUCCAACAAUGGCGAUGGGAUGCUGAGCCAGGCCAUCAGCUUCAGUGUGCCGCCUUCGAAUUGGCUGGACCAAGUUCUAGAGCUGACAAGCACACCGACAACCGACGGUGUCUCCUUCUCCUUUGCGGGUGGAGUGGCGGUUGGCAGGGCCUGGGCUCAAGUAAUGCUGACCAAAGACGUGGCCCUCGCAACGGCAGCGGACAUCAAGGCAGCAACCUACGCCAUGGGCACAGGCAGCUGCCGGCAGGACGACGUGAACGUCGGCAUGAGCGCGCUCUACUGGACGCUGACAGGGUGCAGCCUGAUGCCGCUGGUCGACUACAGUGUUGUGCUGUACGUCGAGGACAUGGGAGGCUUGGACGACGGCCAGGUGUCCAGUGUGCAGAUGAUGGUGGCCUCCAGCGUCAGCAAUUACUUCGUGGAGAACCCGGCUCCUCUUGGCAACGUCACUUCGGAUGGGAUGAUCCUGACCUUCAACGCCUACGCCUCCAGCGGAAUGGCCUGGGGCUUCGUGCUCGAGGUGGGCUCCGCGAAUGUGGCCUCCAGCAAGGAGGCCAAGCUUGCUCAGAACUCUGUCGGCGGAGCAGGCUGCAAGCCGUCCGAAGUCCCGAUCGACAACUCCAGGCAGAGCAUGCUCUUCACGGACUGCGACCUGGUGCCAGGACAAACCUACCGCGCAGUGGUCUAUGUCGAGGCUUUGGUGACCACCACGGCGGGCGUGUGGCAGGGCGUGGACAUCUCUGCCCCGUUGCUGGCGCCCAUAGAGGACCCUUUGGCACGGCAGCACCAGGAUCUGCAGGUGCAAUCUGGCCAAGACUACGUCUACCACGUGAGGGCGGUGAACUUCAUCGGCGUGGGGCAGCCGUCCCCCGCCUCUGUAGAGAUCCGCGCCGGCAACGCGCCGGCGGCCCCGGGAUUGCCCAUCAUCGCGACGAGGGCGCUCACCUCUCUCACCGUGGAGUGGGCUCCGCCUGCGGCCCUGGGGUCCCAGAUUAUGAGCUACCGCCUCUUCAUGUCUGGUCCACUGGAUGGCGGCGUCUACCAGGAAAUCUACAAUGGUCCUGACACUGCUUACACGAAGGCGAUGCUGGACACGGGGACUGUCUACUUCUUCCGCGUCUCCGCCGUGAACCACAACGGUGAGGGUUGGCGAAGCGCCGUCAGGGAAGCGGCUGCCUGUGUGUUGCCUUCGAUGCCCAGCAACUUCACGGUAAAGUCACGGAGCACGCUGGGCGUCACGGUGGAGUGGUCUCCGCCCAUCGCGGAUGGCGGCUGCCCCAUCCUCUCGUACGUUGUGACCCAGGACGGUGUGCUGGCCUCGACACAGACGCACCACGAGUACUCCUUGGCCGUGGUGGUUCCAGCACAGACAUACACAUUCAGCGUGUGGGCGACCUCGCGCGUUGGCAACUCCCCAAGCACUGCCACCUUGACCGUGGUCGCUGGGGAAGCCCCUGCGAAGGUCAUCAACCUGGAGGUUGUCACCAUGUCCGCCAGCGGCAUCACGCUGACCUGGGACGGCGUCCCCAGCAACCUGAACGGAGGGGUGCUCCGCCAAUGCUCUGGGCACUGGGUGCUGUGGUCGUGGGCAACAGACUUUCUCUACAGAGCAGCUGCAGCAGCUGUAGCAUUCCUAGCUAUUCCUGCCAUGCAGCUCCCCCAGCUGAAGCCCAAGCACCGCACCCGCAGUGAGCCAGGCGCUGCGCCGGCGUUCCGGCGCGCGCCCGAGGAGACCCCUGCUGGCGGCAGUUUUGGCCACGGCGACCUUUGCUGCGAAGUGGACGAGCGAGGACUUCCAGCCAAGAGGCCCACCGUGGUCCUCAUCCACGGCCUCGAUUCCUGGUCAGGCACUUUCCAGGGUCUCAUGGAGGAGCUUGCCCGGCGAGGGCUCAAGACCCUGGCCGUGGACCUUCGAGGCCAUGGGGAGUCCCCUCUGGGUGACCCAGAGGACUUCUCGCCGCAACAGCUGGCGGCCGACGUGCGCUCGACGCUGAAGGCAGCGGGCCUGCUGGAGUCACCAGUGGCGCUGGUCGGGCACAGCAUGGGCGGGCGGAUUGCGAUGCAGUAUGCUGCCGACUACCCGGAAGACUUGUCAGUACUGGUGAUCGAAGACAUGGACUGCGUCCCUCGCGACUACCCCAAGCUGGAAGGCGAGGAUCUGAAGAAGCGCGAGGCCUUCACUCGCGACUUCCCAUCCUGGGAGCUGGCCAAGAAGCAGCUGGUGACUUUCGGAUACGAUGCUGACCGUGUGGAUGGCUGGUGGACCAGUGCCACGCCUCGGGUCUAUCCUCGUCCACCAGGCGUUUGGAGCUGCAUCAAUCCCUAUGCUCAGUAUCUCGCAAAGCGGACCGUCCUCAACUCCACGCAAGGUUACGAGUGCAUUCAGAAAAUCGCGGGGCUGAAGAUGUCUGGGCUGGCGAAGUUCCCGGUCCAUGUGUGCGUGGCAGGUCCAUCUGGAACAGUGUGCUCUUGGGACAAAGCGCCUGGUGGCUUACACGACAUGGCCUCUGUCCAUCCGGGUCUCCGGCUCCACACAUUUCCGACCGCCGACCACUCCAUCCACAACACGGCGCUGAAGAGCUUUGCAGACCUCGUGGAGAAGCCUGACGAGUUUGCUGAAGUUGAUUGA